AUGUCAAGACAUUCCAAUGACGAUGGUCCUAAGCUGCGAGAGGAGACUGAUUUUGAAGAACUCUAUCCUGAACUGACCAAAGAUACCCUGAUUCCACUUAUUCUCCCGAGUUCAUCGAGCGAUGAUGAUGACCCUACCGAUAGACAAAAUGGGAUCGAAGACAAUAGUAGUCGACAUGGGGGUCAUACCAAGCAACUCAUAGUCAAUGGGACAGUUAGGUUGGAGCCUAUAAGCCUGCCCAGUCACAAUUACAGGUUCAAGAAAUGUAAGAUAUCCAUUGCACAGCUAAACCAAAGGAACUAUCUUCCAACGUCUAAAGUUGCAAGGAAGUCCAGAAGGGUCACACUACCAGCCAAAUUUGAGAAGGAAAAGGCACCAUAUUUUACUAAGUUUCAUGUAGGUACUUCGUUGGAAGAGAAGGAUCAUAAAUUGAUAAGUUCUCUUUGUCAAAUAUCUUCAAAUUUACAUGAUUUUAAGACGGAAUACGACAUGGAUGAACAAGACGAAUUGUAUCUAAAUUUUCUUAAUUCAGAAUACUGCCGUGAUCAGAUGCAUCAUCACGAAUUUGAAAUAGUUAUGAGCGUUUUGGAAACUGAAUGGCAUCAUUUGGAAAAACAAAUUCCGCCGAGGUCAAUAAGUUCCAAUGUCUCGGAAGCAGAUCAUCAAUCGCAUACCGCUAAGGUCCAUUUUGAACUUUAUGGAUCCGAUGAUGGUACUGGGACCUCUUUGGAUCAAAGAUGUGCUGUUUGUGGUGAUGCUGAUAGCGAUAGUUCCAACGUAAUUGUCUUCUGUGACGGUUGUGAUGUCGCCGUACAUCAAGAAUGCUAUGGUGUGGUUUUUAUUCCCGAGGGCCAAUGGUUAUGUCGUCGAUGCUUGGUAUCGAAGAAUCGUAAAGUAAAUUGUCUUUUCUGCCCCAGCCAUACUGGUGCAUUUAAGCAGUCAGAUACGGGUUCGUGGUCCCAUGUUGUGUGUGGACUUUGGAUUCCUGAAUUAUUCUUCGCUAACAUACACUACAUGGAACCCAUUGAAGGUAUUAAUCAUAUAAAUAAAUCAAGGUGGAAACUCGUGUGUUACAUAUGCAAGCAGAAAAUGGGAGCAUGCAUACAAUGCACUCAAAGAAAUUGCUUUAGUGCCUUUCACGUAACAUGCGCUAAAAGAGCUGGUCUCUAUAUGGAUUUUGGUGGGUCUUCCAUCGCUGAAAUUGCCACAAAUCAAUUUUAUCCUCCACACAUGUUACGAUCUUUCUGUGAUAGACACUCACCACCAGGUUGGCCUGAUUGUUCGGGUGGAAUUUUCAAGACAAGAAGGUAUUUCUCAGAUACAAAUGAUGUCGAGAUGCCCAAUAAAAUAACAGAGGCUACACCGCAAAAUCCUAUCAAUGCUACUACUAAGAACAAAUGGAAGACUAACCGGGGUACCCCAAUUGCUCCCAAUAUCUUUGCAGAGAAGGUAAAACAGAUUUUAACUUUUUUCCAAAUCCCAGGUUCUGCGCAAGCCGCUUAUCACAUAUGCAAGUACUGGUCAAUGAAAAGAGAAUUAAAAAGGGGAGCUCCACUCGUGCGUAGGUUUGAUCCAAGCUCUUAUAACAUGCUAGAUGUAGAACAACUGAAAGAAAGAAUCCAAGUAACGGAUAUAUUAUUGGAGGAUUUGUCAAAACUCCAAAAUUUAUGCAACUUGGUGAAAAGACGUACAGUGACUUACAACAACAAACGUGUUGCUGAACGGAGCAUCCGCAAUAAAAUUGAGCACACUGAAGGUUAUAUGAUUCAGUCCAUAAUAUUAGACAAAUUUGUGAAUUCAGAUCAUUUCAAAGCAUUACAAAGGGCCAUAUCUAAUGAAGAAACACUUUCUGAUCUUCUACAAUUCAAAGAUUAUAAAUGUAAAAACCUGGACACUUUAAUGAAGGACCUCUAUCAAUUUUUGGAUUCAUUAGAAAAUUGUUCUAAAUCAACAAGAGCUCUUUCUACUAAUUUAAGGAAAGCUCGGGAUUACUUGGACAAUUUGAUUAAGCACUACAAAGAGUUCGAUGUCAACGAAUUGUUACACCAAGACUUUUACAUUAAUGAUAAGGAUGUUGUAAAAUCCAAAGAAAGAAAUUGGAAGGCAACUUAUUAUCAAGAACUGGAGGAUAUUAGUGAUGUUGAAGAACUUUCUGAAGACUGUAAAAGAACUCUUGAAAUUGAAUUUUUGGACAAAUAA